GAUGUUUCUUCAGCUCUGAAAUUCCACUUACAUUCCUCUCUGAUCUUCGGAGCUUGUCUCUUCUCUGCCUCAUUCAAUUUUCCACCCACUGGGAAGAUAUUUUGACACCCACAGGAUAUGCCUCUUCAUUAACCCCUCAAUUCUCUGUGUUGAAUUCAAUGGCGUCAAAUUGGGGAGUCCUUGGUAGGUGCCUAUCUGUCAGAGGAGUAGUUGGAAUUUUGAGUCUAAAGUAAAGUCAUUGUGAGGGAAUAGAGGAGGUGCUUCUUUUGCCUGUGUUGUAUUUGUAGAUGGACCGAAGGAGUUGGCUAUGGCGCAGGAAGUCAUCUGAGAAAAGUCCAGGUGAAACGGAAAGUUCUGGGUCAAUAUCAUCUCUUUCAGAAAGAUUCUCUGAUGAUCAGGUAUAUCCAACCCAAGCUACUCUAUCACCAGAAGUCACGUCUAAGGCUGCACCAAAUGAAGAAGUUGGUACACCCAAAGAAAAUGAAGAAGUUACUGACGUGAAGACUCUUACAGACAAAUUAACAGCUGCUCUGCGAAAUAUUAGUGCCAAAGAAGACCUGGUAAAGCAGCAUUCCAAAGUUGCUGAAGAAGCUGUUACAGGCUGGGAGAGGGCUGAAAACGAAGUUUUGUCUUUAAAACAACAACUUGAUGCUGCAAGGCAGAAGAACUCAAUUCUUGAAGAUCGAGUUAGUCAUCUUGAUGGGGCACUAAAAGAGUGUAUGAGGCAACUUCGGCAAGCUAGAGAAGCACAAGAGCAAAAGAUCCAUGAGGCUAUUGCGAAUAAUUCUCAUGACUGGGAAUCCAAAAGAUCUGAGCUUGAGGGGAAAGUUGCUGAGCUUGAGGCUCAACUUCAAACAGCUAAAGCAGAUGCUGCAGCAUCAAUUCAUACUGAUCUUCACCAGAGACUUGAGGCUGUGGAGAAAGAAAAUUCAGGUCUUAAACUUGAGCUACAAUCUCGACUUGAGGAACUAGAAUUCAGGAUCGUUGAGAGGGAUUUGAGUACCCAAGUUGCUGAAACAGCAAGCAAGCAACAUUUGGAGAGUGUCAAGAAGGUUGCUAAGCUUGAAGCUGAAUGCCGUAGACUGAAAGCCAUGACUCGUAAAACAUUUUCCGUUAAUGAUCAUAGGUCUUUGACUGCAUCUUCAGUUUAUGUUGAGUCCUUCACAGAUAGCAUGUCAGAUAGCGGAGAGAGGCUACUGGCAGUUGAAAGUGAUAUGCGUAAAUUAGAUGGCUGGGGGAUGAAUGAAUGUGAGCCAAGCCAUUCUGAUUCAUGGUCAUCUGCUUUAGUUACAGAACUUGAUCAAUUUAAGAAUGAAAAGGCUAUUGAGAAAAAUCAUAUGGUCCCUUCAACUGAGAUCAAUCUCAUGGAUGACUUCCUUGAGAUGGAAAAGCUUGCUGCAUUGGCAGAUACAGAAAGUGGAAGCAAUUUUGUUGGGGCAGGAGUAGCAUCAGAUCAAUCUAAAGUUGUUCAGGGUACAAUGAAAGCUGAAGUGGAAGCUAUGAUUCAAAAGAAUGCUGAAUUGGAAAAGAAGCUAGAGAAAAUGGAGGCAGAUAAACUUGAGGUUGAGAUGGGUUUAACUGAGUGCCAAAUGCAGCUUGAGACAUCACAGAGUCGGAUAAGGGAAGCAGAGUUGAAGGUAGCAGAGCUUCAAACUCAGUUAACACUUGCAAACAAAUCAAAUCAAGAAGCACAUGAAGAACUAAAAGCAACUAAAACAAAGGUGGACAUAGCUGAGUCAAAGCUCAAACUCACUCAAACCGAGGUAGAAGAACUGAUUUCAAAAAUCCGUUUAUUGGAGGAAGAGAUUCAGAAGGAGCAAGCUUUGUCUGUGGAGAAUUUGAUCAAGUGCGGGAAGUUGGAGGAUGAGCUUUCGAGAAUGAAGCAAGAAGCUCAAGUUAAGCAAGAAACCGAGAUAUUGCAUAAAGAAGGUGUUAAUCACGAUUUGAAAUUAAAACAGGAGAAGGAACUUGCAUUGGCGGGUAGUAGAUUCGCUGAGUGCCAGAAAACCAUUGCAUCUCUUGGACAGCAAUUAAAGUCCCUUGCAGCCUUUGAAGACUUCCUACUUGAUCCUAUGGAGGAGUUAACUUGUGAAGUGACACCAGGUCCCCAAAACGUUGGUGAAAAAUUACAUCAUAGUGAUUUGUGUUUGCCCAAAAGAGAAUCUGAGUCACCCAUUUCGUUAAACUCAUCUAUUAUCCAUGAGAAAAGACGUAAUGGCUUUGGUAAGUUUAUCCCUAGAAGCAAGAGUGUAAGCAGGAAAGGAAGUCACUGAAAAUUAUGUGAAAGGGAAGUGGAUAAAAGAUAAGGCUGUGUUGUAAAUUUGGUUUAUUCAUUCUUAUCUCCUGGAUUCAAUCUCUA